AUGACGGGCAGUUGGAGGGUGAUCGGCUGGGAGAUGAACAACGUUCCUCCUCCUCCCUCGCAGAAUGUCCCUGCGCAGAUGAUGCAGGAAGGGGCGCAUGGGGCCCCUCAAAAUGCGAAUGCUGGGGUGGACCAAGGCGUGUACUACGCUCCUCCUGCAGCUGCUCACGCAGCAGGCGGACAAACUCAGACGCUGAUCAUUAUCCCUCGUCCUUCAAAUUUUCCCACUCACCAGCGCGAGGAGAAUCUGAUGCCCUGGUCCUCAGCAUACCCAGCACCAUGGAAUCAGUACCCGAUGAGCACAGUCCCCUAUGGCUCAGUUGUGAACUCAAGCUUCGGCACUGUGAUCUCCCAGGGUGGUGCUGCAUACCCUCCUCAGUUCCCUGGCGUUCCUCCUGGACAAGCCACUUACUUCGUCCCGUGUCUGAUGCCUGUAAAUGCCAACGGUGAGCAGCAGGGAGGUAUCGUGAUGGCUCCGGGAGCCCAGCCCUUCCCUAUCCCCAACAGCUCGAUGUCCAUGAAACCUGAGAAGAAGAGGAGAAGGGCCGAUGACGGGAAGGACAGUGUUGAGCGGAAGCAAAGUUAUAUCAAGAAGUUGGCGAGAGCUAGGGAGAAGCAAGGGGACAAGUGGCAGAAAGAGGCGGCGCAACACAUCGCUGAGAGUAGCCAGGGCAAGGCUCCUCACGUCCUGCACAAGGCCAAUCAAGUCGUUGCUUUCCGUGGAUUCUUGGAGAGGAUGCAGAGGAAAGGCAUCGUCACGCUCGAGCCCCUCGCGGAAGGCCCAGAGCACGAGGACAAGACCAACCCUCUCGGCAUUAAGAUGUGGAUAGUGCAUGAUACGCAGCAGUGGUGGACGGAGAUCAAGGCUUGGUUCGAGGACGACCCUGAGAGAUUCAGCGAGCGAGCGCUCUUCAUGAUGCUCCGGCGGUUCGGAUACAAACCCUUCAACAAGGCUCCUGCUCCAGCCACGUCAGGCAAGCACAGAGAGGAGGAGGAAGGCGGGUCUGAAAGGCUAGGAGGGCAUAAUGAGUGA